AAGGAGCGCUGUGGCUCUACUCCUCAGGAUCAGUGGAUCAGGACUCUCGGUCUCUCAGGUUGACAGCAGCAGCAUUACAGCCCGCAUGGAGACAUUCCCCUCCCCGGACACCAUGCACCUCUAAGAGCUCCAACCACACCGUAUUUUGUCUCGCCUGAGGGGGGGGGGAGUCUGCAAGAUCACUUUCCUCGGACCGAGCGUCAAAGGAUUUUUUUCCACCUCUCUUUUUUCCCACCAGCCCGUUUCUCUCCGUUUCUCCUCCGCCUCCUUCACUCUCGCAUUUUGGGACUUUUUAUUUUCUUCUCCUUUGGAAAAAAGGCGCUGCCGUUUCCACGAGUCUACCUGCUCGCCCAGCACCCAUGAAUUCAGAUAAAAAUGUGUACCUCGGCAGAGACAAAGGCAUCAUGCGGAAGAGAGCCCUGCUCCUUCGGAAGGGUUGCAGCUUCGAGAUUACCAGCUCUGCCUCGGAGGACUUGGGCUGCAGGCGUGGAGACUUCAGCAGGAAACACUAUGGGUCUGUGGAGCUGCUAAUCUCCAGUGACGCAGAUGGGGCCAUCCAGAGGGCAGGACGCUUCAGGGUGGAGAACGGCUCUUCAGAUGAGGCUUUGGACUACACACCAGGAACCUGGAGGAGAACCGAUGUCCAUCUGGAGAAUCCAGAGUACCACACCAGAUGGUUCUUUAAAUACUUCCUGGGAAAAGUCCACCAGAACUAUGUGGGUACAGACGCAGAGAAGAAUCCCUUCUACCUGUCGGUCGUUCUCUCGGAUCAGAACAACCAGCGGGUCCCUCAGUACCGAGCCAUCCUCUGGAGGAAGACGGGCACUCUGAAGAUCAGCCUCCCCUACAGCCCCACCAAAACACUAUCCGUCAAGUCCAUCCUAAGUGCAAUGAACAUGGACAGGUUUGAGAAAGGCCCGAGGGAGAUCCUCAAUGCCGAGAUUCAGAAGGAUCUGCUGGUGUUGGAGGAACAGGAGGGUUCUGUCAACUUUAAAUUUGGAGUCCUGUUUGCCAAAGACGGCCAGCUCACAGAUGACGAGAUGUUCAGCAACGAGAUGGGGAGUGAGAGUUUUGACAAGUUUCUCAAUCUGCUCGGUGACUCCAUCACGCUGCAGGGGUGGGCCGGAUACAGGGGGGGGCUGGACACCAAGAAUGACACUACAGGAAUGAACUCCAUCUACACGGUGUAUCAGGGCCAUGAGCUCAUGUUCCACGUCUCCACCAUGUUACCCUACUCUAAAGAGAACAAGCAGCAGGUGGAGAGAAAGAGACACAUUGGAAACGACAUUGUUACCAUAGUAUUCCAGGAAGGGGAUGACGCAUCGUCGUCCUUCAAACCGUCUAUGAUCCGAUCGCACUUCACCCAUAUUUUUGCAUUAGUUAGGUAUAAUAGCCAGAAUGACAGUUACAGGUUGAAGAUAUUCUCAGAGGAGAGCGUUCCACUGUUUGGACCCCCUCUCCCAUCUCCACCUGUGUUUACUGAUCACCAAGAAUUCAGGGACUUUUUAUUAGUCAAACUAAUCAAUGGAGAGAAAGCCACACUGGAGACGCCAACGUUUGCCCAGAAGCGCCAGCGGACACUGGACAUGUUGAUCCGCUCGCUCUACCAAGACCUCAUGCCUGACCUGCACAAGGUUCCUUUUUCUCCCCAGAACAUGUUAAACCGGCGGUCCUUCAGCGACGUGCUGCCUGAGUCUCCGAAGUCUGCACGCAAGAAGGAGGAGGCACGGCAGGCAGAGUUUGUCAGAAUAGGGCAGGCACUGAAGCUGAAGACCAUUGUUAGAGGAGAUGCACCGACCAGCCUUGUCACCACCGGCCUGUGCAGAAAAGAGCCAUGGGAGUCCCAGCUGUUCUGCAGCACGUUCCCCUACGAGAUCGUGUGUUCAGACUCCUGGGGUCAGUCUCUGCUUGCGGCCACCGACGCGGCGGGGGUCAUGCUGCUAGAUGGCCCUGAUCCAGCCUCCUCCAACGCUGAGUCGCAGUCCGUGCCCCCGGUGCAGGUGUUUGAUAAAACCAUGGUGGUGAAGCAGGUGCACGUCCUCGAGCCUCAGGACCUGCUGAUCACCAGGGCCGAUAAAGGGAAGGACGCCCGGCUCUAUGUGUACAGACUGAGCUCGCUGAAGAAAGGCCUGGAGGAGAAGCAGAUCGUCAGGAGCAAGUGUGACAGCCGAGAGAACAAACUGGAGAAAACUAAGGGCUGUCAUCUGUACUCCAUCAACACGCACCACGGCUCCGAGCUGAGGAUAGUAGCAGCCAUCAGGAACAAACUCCUCCUCAUCACCAGGAAACACCCCCGCUUCGAAGCCCCGGGAGCAGAGUCACCAGUGGAGGAGUUUCAGUACAUACGGGAGAUCUGUCUGUGCGACCCCCCAGUGGUGAUGGCGCUGGUGGACGGGCCGACGGGGGAGAACGACAACAUGAUCUGCGUGGCCUAUAAACAUCAGUUUGACCUCAUCAACGAGAGCACGGGAGACGCCUACCGGCUACAUCACGUCGACGCCAACAGGGUAAAUUUUGUAGCAGCCAUCGAUGUGUAUGAAGACGGAGAGGCAGGCCUGCUGCUGUGUUACAACUAUAUUUGCUCCUAUAAGAAAGUGUGUCCGUUUAACGGCUCCACGCCGAUGAUCCAGUCCAACGCCUCUGAUUUCCACUUCAGCUGGAACCAGAUGCCCAAUGCGAUCGUCUGUGCGUUCCCUUACAUCCUGGCCUUCACAACGGACUCCAUUGAGAUCCGGCUGGUGGUGAAUGGAAACCUGGUUUACACCGCGGUGGUCCCUGAGCUACAGCUGGCCUCUUCACGGUCGGACAUCUAUUUUGUUUCGUCGGCUCCGGUGAGCUCAGCUUCAAACUGCAGUUCGAGAGACACCAGUUCCCAGAGUUCCCCACAAACGCCCACGGGCUACGAGAUGCCCGUGUUCCCUUCCCCGCUCGGCGAUGAUUCUAUUCGGAUCCCCUAUGGUACCAAGCUUUCCCUGUACAUGUCUAAGGAUGCUGAAGGUGAAUCAGCAUGUAAGCACAUGUUCAAGAUCCCUCUGUGUAACCUCGUGGGCCGGAGCAUUGAAAGGCCCCUGAAGUCCCCUCUGGUCAACAAGGUGCUGACCACGCCGGCCCCCACCAUGCUUCCCCCCACUGCCCUCAUCUCCGCCACACACUCCCUCUCCCUGUCCCGCAUGGAGAUCAAGGAGAUCGCCAGCCGCACACGGAAGGAGCUGCUCGGCUUGACAGAGGAACCGAGUGGGAAGUCAGACAGUGGGACGGUCAAACAGAGGAAGAUGAGCAAGAAGAACACGGAGGAAGAGCCCAAAGCACGAGCACUGACGUCAACAAACAGUGACAGGUUAGCCUCAGAGUCUGGAGAUGCGGAGCUGGACGUGCAGCUGCACUGUACGUCCGCUCCGGAGGUGGAGCCGGAGAAGGUGGUGCUGCUGACGGAGAGCCCGCCUCUCGCCAGCGCCUUCGCCCUCUCCACAUCCUUCGAAGAAGACGUCCUGGACCUAAAAUGAAGACAAUCCCACCGUGCACUUCUCUGCCCCCCCCCACUCCCAUACUGUCACCUUUAUUUCAUGUUUUGGUUGGUUUGCUUUUGUUGAAUUAUUUUUUUGUUGUUGAUUAUAUCCUUGUAUCUUGGGUCUCCCCAUUCGUCAGACAAGAUGGGUGCAGCGGGGGGGUGAGGAUGUGUUUGUUUGUUUCCGCGAGCAAGUCUUUCAGCCGCUGUGUGUUUCGGGUGUUUGUGUGGCCCCCCCACAGCAAAUAACCCAAAGAGGCGUUGAGGCUGUGUGAGCUGCCGCAGUUUAUUCAGAGCUCUGCAACAGCCUUGAGGUAAUGUUAAAGGUUUGAUCACAAACCACACACUGAAUGUAAAUCUGCGCACCGAGGCACGACGUAAAUCUCACAGAGCCCUCUGAAGUUGCUAGAGCUUCAUAUGUGUUGUAUAUUAUGUGAUAUUUCCUUUACAACUGUUGUAUGAUAUGCAUAUAUGUAUGUGUACAUCUGUUUAUACAUGGAGUGCAUACACAGUGACGGGCAUGUAUGCCUGUCAUGCCUGUCAUGCCUGUGAUGCAUAUUUAUAGAUAUUAUAGAAAAAAUCAUUUUAUUCCCAUAUUUAGUAAAAGUAGGAUGUGUUAUGCUCUCUGCACAUAUUAGUCCUUAUUCUUCUCCUUAUUCACAGUAUACAGGUAGACAGGGCUGGAGGCAAAUUCUCCUACAAGUGCCAUUUCCCAGCAUCCUCCACUGAAGUACACCUCUUAUCUGCCACCAAAAUCUGGUGUCUUGAGAGUAGCAGCCAUGAUUGUAGUCCUAUAUGAUUACUAUGGUGUCCCACAUCUCCAUUCAGUUUGAAUUCACCUACAGGAGGCACUCUUUUAAAGCCACACAGAGUGAGACGUCCUUACUUCUGCAUGACCUGCCUUUGCUACAUGUAUUAAGACUCCUGCACCAAAAAAAAAUCUUCUUUGGAAGCCACAAGGUCUGUGAUAUCAUAACAGAGCAGCAUAAAGCAAACCACAAGCUGAGAUGAGAGAAAAAGUGUGGAUGUUUUACUAGACUGUCCUGUGUCUGUAAAAGGAAUUGUAGACAAAACUACACAUUUGAAAUACAAAUCUAAAGUUCAAACACAGAAAAAAACAAUACAACUACUUUAGUUAAUAGCAAACUUCGAACUGCAGUCCCUAUAUAAGGCUUUAAUUAAGGCAGUGCAAGGGUUUAAGUGAUGACAAUAAUGCACACACUCAGACAUAAACUAUUCUUCAUACACUUACAGCGGCCCUAUUGUGCUUUUUGGGGGGGUGUUCUCUUUCCUGUAGUAUGGUGAUUAAGUUUUUGUCCAUGUAAAUGGUCUGCAAAGGCUAAAAUCCCAAAGACCCCUCGAGAGGGAGUAUCUCCCCGUGAUAGGCUCCCUAGGUGCGGACAUCUCCAAUCACAACAGAGCCGGCAAACUAACCAAUCAGAGCAGACUGGGCUCUGGUUUCAGACAGAGGGUGAAAAGAGGUGCUGCAGCACAGGCAGUAUGAGAAAAAUAAAGAGCUUUUUGAACAUUAAAGCAUGGAGACAGACAUGUCACAGUAGAGGCACAAAAUACAAAUAUGAACCUGAAAAUAAACAUAAUUGGGCCCUGUUACGUUUUAAGUACUCAUUUUCAUUUCAAGUGCUUUGAGCACCAGGAAAAGCGCUUUAUAAAUGUAAUGUAUUAUUAUUAUUAAAAUACUUAUUUUGAAGCCUUUCAUUGCACUUUUAUUCUCUAGUACAAAUUUGCUUUUCCUUUGCACUUCAGAUAUUUACAUACGUCUUGUCACAACGCUGAAUUUAACAUAAAAUAGGGGGAAAUGUCUAAGUGAUGGACACUAGACAGUCUGUAAAACCAGAAGAGAAGUCUUUAAACAUCCACUGGUGGGCGAGGCAUCAGACUGGGAGCAGUGGUUCUGCUGAUGGGAAUGACAGCGCCCCUCUGUGGUGGUUUCUCUCACAGCAGCCUUCAGAUCUUGCAUGAGUCUCCUCACGCCUCUCCUCCUUUCUCCUGCUAGUCUCAGUGUGAACCCUGCAACACUAUAACAUAACUCAGAAAAACUCAAAAGGGAAGAAGAAGAAGAACGGGGGGAUUGUUUUAUAAAAAGGUACUUUAGUGUUUAUUACUCUGAGUGUGGGAUGCCUGGCAGUUUGUUUGUCACACUGCUUCUCCCACUUUACGAUGUUUCUCCUGUAUUUCUGUCGAGUACUCUUUGUUCCUACCUCCCCUUGGCAUUUUCACAGUUUUUUGUUUAGUUUUAUUUGUAUUUGAAUCUAUAUAUUUACUGUUUAGACUGUUGCUAAACCUCUCUGUGAUAUCAAAACGAAAGAAAAAUUAACAAAAAAAACACCAAGUGUCUUAAAAUAUUGUAUCGCCAUCGUUUUUAAUGCCAAGUACUACUUGUAAAUGUUUGUGUAUCAAAUGUGGCCUCAAAUGAAACAACUAUAUUAUUAUUAUGAUUAUUAUUUGAGCAAUUAUUUUAAACAAGUGCUGUAGACCACUGCUGUGAAAGUAGUCGAUUCUGUUCAUUGAUAUGUAAUAAAUAUUUAUGAAAUUUGA